AUGUUACUCAAGAGCGUCUUUUUCGCCAACGCCAUCGCCAGCGCGGUGGCAUCUCCCGCUUCCUUCCAGAAGCGCCAGGAUGUCGACAGCUACGUCGAAGCCGAAAAGCCCAUUGCCCUGCAGGGUAUACUAAACAACUUCGGUCCCAAUGGCAACUUGUCCCGUGGAGCAGCGCCGGGUGUUUCUAUCGCUGGAAACUCCGAGACGAACCCUCCUUACAUCUACACCUGGACCCGCGACUCCGGCUUGACAAUGCAAUCCCUGAUCCAGGAGUUCCUCACCGGCAACACCUCCCUCGAGCCGCUCAUCCAGCAGUACAUCACCGCGCAAGCCAAAAUCCAAACGAUCACCAACCCCUCCGGCACCCUCUCCGACGGCUCGGGACUCGGUGAGCCGAAGUUCAACAUCAACUUGACCGCAUACACCGGUCCCUGGGGCCGUCCCCAGCGCGAGGGUCCUGCCGUGCGCGCUUCUGCUCUUAUCGCAUACGGAAACCAUCUCCUUGAGCAGGGCCAGCGCGACAAGGCUGUGCAGAAUGUCUGGCCUGUCGUGCGGAAUGAUCUCGCGUACGUGGGCCAGUACUGGAACCAGACUGGAUUCGAUCUGUGGGAGGAAGUCAAUGGAACUUCGUUCUUUACAACCGCCGUCCAUCACAGAGCUCUUGUCGAGGGACAGACCUUCGCUAAAGCGCUGGGACAAACUUGUGAGGGCUGCACUGUUGCGCCGGCGCUCUUGUGUCAUCUGCAGGAGUUCUGGAACGGAACUGCUAUUGUUUCGAACUACCCCACGGCGAACGACGCCAAGGGUCGGAGUGGUAUUGAUAUCAACUCGGUUCUCACGGCUAUUCAUGUCUUUGAUCCGGCUGCGAGAUGCGACGAUGUUACCUUCCAGCCGUGCUCUGCGCGCGCGCUGUCGAACCAUAAAGUUUUCGUUGAUAGCUUCCGGGCUAUCUAUGGUAUUAACCAGGGUAAGACUGCUGGGAAGGCGGUUGCUGUGGGAAGAUAUCCGGAAGACGUCUUCAUGGGUGGGAACCCUUGGUACCUAGCAACCCUCGCCUCCGCCGAAAUGCUCUACGACGCCCUCCACCAAUGGGACCACCAGCACGCUAUCCACAUCACGAACCUCUCCCUCCCGUUCUUCACGGAUCUCCUCCCCGGUAUCAAGCCCGGCGUGUACCCCAGCGCAACCCCGACCUACCAGAAGAUCACCAGCGCGGUGCGCACCUACGCAGAUGGUUUCCUGUCCGUCGUGCAGGAGUACACUCCCGCUGACGGCGGCCUGUCCGAGGAGUACGACCGCGACACUGGCGUACAGGUUUCCGCUCCGGAUCUCACCUGGUCCUACGCGUCGUUCCUGACUGCUGUCGCGAGACGCGAUGGGUAUGUGCCCUCUUCUUGGGGAUCGUCUGCGGCCCUGAAGGUCCCUGGCAAGUGCAACGGUGCUAGUGUGAAGGGAAGCUAUGCGGCUGCGAAGCCUUCGUGGUAA